AUGCGUUACCAUGCUGCCUGGGCUUGUCUAGCAUGGCUGCUCCUCAGUCUGACCCAAGUUGCUCACUCGGCCAAAGUUGACAACGUUCUAUCGCACGCACGCGAGAGAAUCUGGUUGUGGGAGAUGUACAAUAUCUUCUGCGACAUCGAGGGGGCCGACAACCAGAAAAUGAUCUUGGCCCAAAACAAGAAAGCCAAAUGGGAUAGCAAAAAGCACAUGUCGUUCGAAAACACGGCAGACGGUAGAUUGACAUAUGCCGAAUUCCAAGCCGAUCUGGAGAAGAAGUUGACUCCUCUCGGCAUUGACAAAACUCUUGUGGCUCCCGGCGGCGAUGGCUUCAAGCAGCCUACCGUUGCCGAGGCCGUCGACAAGCUGAAGAACAAGGGCUGGGCCAUGCCUAUGGAUGUUUCUCAAGUCACGAGCGGCGCAUCCAACGACUACAACGAGCUCAUAGGCCGUGUAAACAAGAAGUUUCAAGCCUAUUAUAACACGCUAGGCAAUGACGACAAGUGGAAAAGAAAGCUUAUCGAGACCAACCAGCGUACAACUAAGCUAUCCGAGGACAUCGUCUCUCUCCGCCAGCAGGAGGCUGACGAGUGGGUGCUGAAGCAGAUGACUCGAGAUGUUGACCCAGCCGAUACUGCGGAAAACAAGAAGGCUUACGGACUUGGCUUGAAUCGCAACGAUCUGGUCAUUGACAAUCCCACAUCUUCUGUAGACGGAGCGACUUCCUGGGAAAGGGUCAACUUCGGAGAGUCUUUCAUGGGCAUGACAGAGGCGCAGUCAAAAGCGUUCGAGGCACAGUUGGCCAAGGCUGGCGUCAAGGGCGGCGUGACUGGCCUUGUCAAAUGGGCCGACAAUCUGGGGAACCAGAACUUUGCAAAUUUUGGCCCUGGGUACUCCGAUCAGAACGAGUCUCAUUUUCAAGUCCAUGAGACCUGGAAGAGUACGUAUAACAGUGCUGUGAAGAGACUGGGCGGUUUGUCUGCAUCUUGUUCGAGAUAG